UAAUUUCAUGUUUAUUGUACAGCAAGGAUCAAUCUGAAGGUAGUCAAGACUUGGCAGUACGUCUGAAUGCAUGAAACAGUACAUGUUGUACCGGCUAGCGGAAAAUGCAACUUUUAAAGUGGUGUGGGCAUGUUUACCCCCCCCCCCCCUUGUUUAUGGGUUCUCUGCACUUGCACCACCUUGUCUUUAUCUGCCCCUGGAGCAUACUACGGACUCGUCCAGCAUCCUAACGGAGCAGUCGUCCCUGUGGACGAACCGGCCGUUGCUGCUGCCCGGGCCGAUCAUCUUGCAGUUCAAGCAGCACAGUACGGAGCUCUCCAUGCUGUACCUGCAGUACCUGCUGUCCACCACCCUGCAGGAUACUCAGGUCCUAUCCAUAUCCCUACUCUAGUCUCUCAUCCCAACGGUGCUAUUGUCCCUGCUGAUGAACCUGCAGUCACUGCAGCUCGAGCUGAUCACCUGGCUGCCCAUGGAUACGCCUAUGCUGCUGCAGCAGCUCCCAUUGGUUACGCUAGCGGAGCUUUUGUUGCUCAUCCUAACGGCGCUGUUGUACCCGUAGAUGAACCUGCUGUAGCUGCGGCUAGAGCUGAGCAUCUUGCUGCCCACGGAGUGUAUGGUCCCCAUGCAGUUGCUGGACCUGCUGCCUAUGCAUAUGGUGGACUUGUGGCGCAUCCUAAUGGCGCUGUUGUUCCUGUUGAUGAACCAGCUGUUGCUGCCGCUAGAGCAGAGCACUUUGCCGCCAAGGCUGCAGUUGGCCACUGAGAACCAUCUAGUCACAUUUCUAUAUUCUUGAGAGUUUUGUUCAACACAAAUAAACAAUUAAAAUUUGAAAUAA